GCACACCCAGAGUCACUUCUGGCAAUAGCAAGUCAGUGCCCAGGUUAAUUGCGAGAUCGUCCAGUCUUCAGGGUGACCCCACUUCUGGGCAGUCCCCCUUCAGGCCUCCGUAUCCAAAUACUGAGGCAUCUUUGUUUUCUACUGGUCCUGCUCAGUUCCAGAAAAUGGCCCCUUCAUCAAGCAGCUCAUCUGGUUCUGUUCCCAAAAUGCCAGUGUAUGGUAGUUUUACCCCAGGAGGCAAUGUUGAAGCGUCGAUGGGGAAGCUGUCGUUGGAAGAUUCUGGCCAAUCAAAGGAAGCCAGUAACAGCCUCAAAUUAGCAGAGCAUGAUCUUGUGACUGAUUCGCCCAUGCAAGUGAAACCAGUUGCAGGAACAGGUUCAGGCAGUAGAAGCCAUCCGCGUGAGGUGUCAUCUUUGCAUCAGGGUCAGGGAUCGGAAUCUUGGCGUGUAUUUGAUCAAUCCCUUGGUUCUCCCACCAACACUAGUCAGGCCAGAGAAUUAAGGCAACCUUGUGGGAUGUCCACUCCCCACCAUGAUCAGGGGUCGAUAUCUCAGCCUUUGUUAGACCUGUCAACAGACUCGCCCAGAGUCACGGAGAGGGGAGCAGGAGCAAGACGUCCCCUUGGCAUGGCCUCCCCACAGCAGGGUCAACAGUCAGCAUCGGGGCCUCUGGUAGAUUUGACAACUGAUGCACCCAAUGGCACAGACCGCCAGGCUAGGCAGGGCAGGUGCGCACCUAAAGUGCCCCUAGAUGAAAGGGUCCGCCACGUGGAUCAAAUGUUUGCACAGCAUGAUAUCAGGGAGGAGGCCAGGGCUGCUGAUCGAGUACAGCCUAAUCUGAGGGCAUACCAGAGAGAGCUUGCAGAGAGGCCCCUGGAUGAGUUUCAUAAUUACAUCAUCUGUGCUCCCACUGGCAGCGGGAAGACCCUGACAGCAGCCUACAUCUGCUACCAGUAUCGGGCCUGGUUUGAGACCAAUGUACCGCACAAAUACUUCAAGGCUCUUUUCAUUGUCAACAUGCGUCAUCUGACGCUGCAGCAGAGGGAUGCAUUCCAGUGGUACUUUCCCAAUAAGCAGGCAGUGCGAACCAUUGGAGAGCAGCAGUCAUUGACAGAGGCCCUGAAGAUGGACGAGGCCAUGCCAGCUGUGUUGAUGUUGACGGCGCAGAUUUUUGUCAAUGCCCUGAAGUCUGGCAAGGUGGAUAUCAAAGAUCUGGACAUGCUCAUCUUUGAUGAGUGCCACCACACCGACCUGAAGCAUCCCUACAAUGAGAUCAUGAAGACGUACCUGAAGCAAAAGCAGAAGCUGCCAAGGCCACAAAGGGUUGGAGUCUCUGGGCCACGUCUACCAUUCAUCAUUGGCCUGAGUGCUUCCCUGGGUGUUGGAAGCGAGGCCCUGAGUCAUCUUCUUACUCUUUGUGGUAACAUGGACUCGAAGGGAGUUGUUCGAGUUCUUAGAAAUGAAGAGGAGUUGCUACAACAUGUUAACGCCCCAGAGGAGGAUAGCAUAGAAUUGGCCUCUAAAAGAGCUGACAGUGAUAAGCAGUUUGCAGAUCUGCUGGAAGCACUUAUGAUCCAAAUAGAAGAUCAGGAUCCUGAUAUUGAGGACCAUCCUUUGCCUCCUCGUGGAUGCCAGGUCUUCGAAGCGGAAGUGAUGAGACGUCUAACAGAUGCACAGAAGUUGGGAAAUCGUACCGCCGUCAUUGUCUACAUGUACCUGUAUGAGUACAACAGAGCCUUGAUGUUGUAUGACGAUCUGAGGGCCGCAGACAGUCUCGCACAUUUGGAGAUGUUCCACAGACGACGGCGCUUGAUUGCCAGCCAAGAGCAGGUGCCUGUUGAGGAGUACUGCCAAGGGCUUUUCAACCGGAACCUGAGAGAGCUAAAUCGACUGGCCCAUUCUGAGGAUGAGCAUAGCAACGAGAAGCUUGGAAAGCUGGCAAUUUUGCUAAACAAAAUCUUCACAGACAAUCCUGAAUCAAAAGGAAUUGUUCUGGUAAGAAUGAAGGUAGCUACAACAGCUGUGGCUGACUUUCUCAAAAAGUCCACGUUACUCCAAACACUACCUUGCAGAGUUAUCCCUCAGCGAUUUGUUGGACAGGGGGACAUAGAGGAUGGCUGUUUGACAGAGGCACAGCAGAAGGCAGUACUGAAGAAUUUCAGAAAAGAGGAUGGCUGCAACGUGUUAGUAGCCACUGACAUCGCCCAGGAAGGGCUGGACAUGCCAGCCUGUAACUUUGUCAUCCGUUACAACUUUGUGAGCAAUGAGAUAGGCACGGUGCAGUCCAAGGGAAGAGCCAGGGCCAAGGGCAGCCAGUGCUACCUCAUUGUCGAAAGUGGAUCGAUGAAUGAAAGGAGAGAACUUGAAAACCGUUACAAAGUUCAGAAGAUGAAGGAUGCAAUGGAAGAACUGGAGGCAAUGACCGAGGAUCAACGACUUGACAAGAUCACUGAGAGACAGAUUGAGAUACUGGAGAAGAUACGGAGGGCUGAGGAACAGGCGGAACUACAGGCGGCCAUGUUCAACCUUGAUAGAAUCACUGUACAUUGCAAGGAAUGCUCCGCCCUGGUCUGCAAAGCUUCGGAACUCCGACGGAUGGGGGAUGCCGGCCACGUGACGUGCAUCAGUCCCAACUUCAAGAGAUGGGUGAAAGAGAUCAAAUACCACAGACCACAGCGUUUCCGUGACACUGAGACUGUUGGCCUCAUCAAGUGCGGCACGUACGACUGCGGCAACCAGCUCGGCACCAUGCAGAACUUCCUGAAUCUCAGCCCACCUGAGGGAUAUGCCCUGAAAGCCCAGAGCUUCAAGAUCCGAUUUGAGACGGGCGGCGUCAAAACACCCAAGAUGUGGAAGAAGGCGGGAUUUCAAAUCUUGAAAAGUCCAAACAGUUAAAGGAAGGUGUGGAUCUGCACUCUGCUGAGAGUUCUAGAAGGCAGAAAUAGGGUACACCCGGCCUGACUUCAAUAGCAGCAGAAUAUUACAUUUUUUGUAAAAUGAACAUCGAUUGCAGAAACUUAAGAUUUCAUACAUUGUAACAUUUUUCUCUGCAAUGUCUCCCUUGCUAAGAAUUUUGACCAGCACAAAACUAAAAGACGACUGUUAGUAUCUGUAUUGCUUGGCUUGCUAAUAACUUGCUGUAGAAAUUAAAAUUACCAGAAAAUGAUCUUACUUUGGUAAUUACUUAUAGAUGUGAGAAGCCCAAGGAUCUGUUGGCUGUGGUUGUGUCUUGAUAGAAACUUCUAACUUAGCUAUAAAUGUGUAAUAAUUGCAAUGAGGUAUCUGAAAUUCAUUUUACAAGUAACAAUUUGGAACAACUCAUUUAGGAUUAGAUUACUGUAAAUAUAAUGCUAGAGUUGCUAUUAAAAUAAUGGGAUAUAUGUUUUAAAAACUUGCUAUUUUAAGCUACAUGCAUGUAUUAUGUACAGCAUUAACGAUAUGAAAGAAGCCAAGAAAUAACAUGAUUCAAAUUGAGAAGCAGCCCUAUUUUUUUUUUCAAAUCAAGCUUGACGAUGACCAUUCGUUAAUUGCAUCAAAAAUGAAUUAAUUUGGCUUAUCUGCUUAAAACUGAAACGUCUCAUUGUAUCAGCCAGCCUUUCACUUAAAAUGUUGAAAUCAUGAAUUAAUGCAAGAAUUUUUGCAGAGAUUGCUAGAAAUAGUUUGAUUCUAGAUAAUUUUAUAUAGGAUUUUAUUUAUAUAGUGUAGCUGUCAUUUUAAAAUGCAGCGAAAAUAGAUUUUAGCAUUCUGACUAUUCUAUCAAGUGAAACAAGAAAGGGGUGUCUUUUCUGUUUUUUUAACAAUCUCAGUUCACAUCGAGCAAUAUUGUUUUUAAUUUUGAAAAUAUGCGUCCCUGCUAAUUUGGCCUUAGCCGUACACAUAUCAUGGCUUGAACAGAGGUUCUUCUAUAAUUACAUAGUUGUAGUGCUAAUGAAAUAAGAUUCAAAGAAAAAAUGCAGUGGUAAAAUAUGUAACCAUACAAAAAUAUAUGAUUAACAAUUAUGGUAACGAGGAUGGAGUGGUAACUAUGAGAAUGCAGAAAGAAGCACACAGAAAUCUGAUAGCUAGGUUGGCUGCAAUACAAAAUUAAAGAUUCCAUCUAAAGUCACCAUCUACUUGGUGACUAAAAAAUCCUCGACGUUGAAGUUUUCUGUUAAAUUUCUCUUAGUACAGACUGGGUCAUACUCAUUGCAGAUGCGGAUUAACCGACUUUCGAUUUCAAAAAACGUUUGCGGAGAUAGUGAAAUUCGCCAAAGUUGAAAAAGGAUCUGUGUUCAACUUGUUUUAAAUUGCAGCCCAAUUUGGUGCUGAAGUCACACAAAUUCGAUCCGACUAUCCGCAUUCGCACUUUGAUCGAAUCAAUUCAUAUGGAACCCCCAAGGGGACAGGCGCAAUGAGAAUUUUUGUUUUAUUUUGUUCCCUCAAAUUAUUAUUUCGUUCCCUUGAUAUCGUUUCGUUCCCUCGAAAUGUUACUUCGAGAGAACGAAAUAAUAAUUCAAGAGAACGAAACAGUAUUUCGAGGGAACGAAAUGAUAAUUCGAGAUUACGAAAUAACAUUUCGAGAGAACGAAAAAUUAAUUCAAGGGAACGAAAUGAUUUCGAGGGAACGAAAAAAUAAUUCGAGGGAACGAAAAUAAAAUAAAAUUCUCAUUGUGCCUGUCCCCUUAGGGGCUCCGUAAAUUCAAGCUUUACCUGCAAUUAGAAUUACAAAUGACGUAUGCACAUACAGUAUGCAUAGUGUAACCGAUGUUACACUUUCACUUCUUCUUUGGUAAAUUCUGGGUUUUUUUUCGAGGUAUAUAUUUUUGAAGUUAUUUUAGUCUGCAUUGACGUCACCUUUAGUUUGCAGUGUAUAAGAUACAGUACUGAAGUUUGUUUCUGUCGGUUUUGUCGAUUUGUUCUGACAUGAACCAUGUUCUCCAAGCAUGUGACAUUUUUUUGUCGCGAGUGAAGUCUGACACGGGGACAAAGGUUUUCUUUACUGCUAAAUUUCCGACAAGCAGACACAGGGCCUGCUUUGCGCGCCAGCAAGCCUACAGUCCACGGUAGGUUUUCUGUGUGAAAGGUGCAAUGAAUAUGAGGGGCGUUCCUAUCGGUGGAAACCUUGAUAUGUUUUAGGCGUGUGUAUCGAUGUUGACUGCCUCGGUUAUAUAUGCUUAAAACACCAUGAAAAUUUAUGUCUGGAUAUGAGAGUAUUUAAAGUACCUGAUUACUGUGCUUCCCUAUUGUAUUGUUCGCUGUGAACUUGUGUUAUUUUGGAUUUGGUUUCAAAGCCACAAGGGUGUAAUUUUUACAACUUUAACCUUUACAUGUUGUUUCAACCAUAUGAACACUGUCUUCACCGUUAAUUAACAUUGACUAAUUAGAAUAACAACAAGGAAACGCUUGACAAAACUUUAAGGUAUGCUAAAAGUAUAUUGCAAUGCUAUCAGUAAUCGAGAAGAAAUGUCAUGAACUCGUAUGAUAUUAUUUGAACAAUUAUCUUCGACUUGAGAAGCAUCAUGCCAGUAACUAUUUACCAGUAAGAAAAUAGAGUAUAUUAUAGUAAAUUUGUCAACUGGCUUGGCCUGGCGUAUUUGAUACCGAUUUCAGAAGAUAAAAAAGGAAAAUCGUUUCAAAUUAACUUUGACGGGAGAAAUUGGGUGAUAAAGGUAGGCAGUAAAUCAUGCAUCAACGCCAUGAAAUGUAAACUCAUAUUUGGUCAGAUGUACAUGUAUAAUAGUACAUAGAGUGAUUUUUAAAACUGUUUCCACAUUAAUGUUGACUCUUUUGUGAGAUAAGGAGACCUCGAGAACUCCAUCCGCCCAGAUCUGUUGCGGACUAUAAUGACGAGUCUUAAUUGGACUGGGUCUGGGUUCUGAAUGACCUCUAGUCAGACAUAUUUCUGUCUGGUUCGUAGAACUUGAACCACUUGAAGUUCGGUUCAUGCUCCACGUGUCAGAUUGCAAAUACAUGUAGUUCCAAUGUUCCCUUGUAAAUGACGGAAAGCAUAGUGUUUCUUAUGGAGCCACCUUGUGGUCACGGAACUGUGACUUCAUACGACUUAUCACAGCGUUUACCACCAUUUGCCAGGGGCCGGCUACUACCGUUGGCCGGUAAUGACGUUGUUAUGUGGUCAUCGGUUUGAUGUAUACAAAUUAUGAAUCAGUGAACAUGUAAGAACGAUUUCAUGAGAUGGAAUGUUCCUUUCCAAGAGGCGAUGGCACGUGGAAUGGAACAUUCCAUCUGCCGCUGAAUGGAAUUUAUAUGUAUUCUGUCUAUUAUGGAAACGUACUUUUUUACACACCGUUUAAAUAAAUCUUUGCAUAGCCUGCGUAAAAUUCAACAUGAAUUUGGGAUUCUAAUCCUUACUUCGUUUUUAUCAAUCUUUGGAGAUGGUUCAUCAUUAUAAGCCAACUCGAACCCACAUGUAUCACUUCAGGAAGACAAAUCCGCAUCAUCCUGUUCAAUCGCGGUUGAACAGUGAACUACCCCGUUGCUGUUUUUCUGUGGAAGGAGACAUUCUCAUCGAAAUUGACUGAGUUUUCAAGGUUUAAAUUUGCUCACAUUUUGCAAUCUUUGCGUUCAUGCUGAGUAUGAACUGGCCUUUGACCAUGCACUUUGAAAGGAAAUAAACAUCACGCAAAAUGAA